AUGGAUCAAGAAUUCAAUGCUCUUCUUCAGAAUGAGACAUUGUCCCUUGUUCCAUCUAAAUCAGACAUGAAUAUUGUUGGGUGUAAGUGGGUCUUUCACACAAAAAGAAGGCAGAUGGUUCAAUUGCAAGACACAAAGCAAGCUAUAUCAUCUGGAUGGACUAUUAGACAGCUUGAUGUUCACAAUGCUUUUUUGAAUGGACAUUUAUAUGAAAUUGUUUAUAUGGAGCAGCCGCCUGGUUAUAUUGAUAUCCAGUUUCCUAAUCAUGUAUUUCUUUUGAAGCGUUCUUUAUAUGGGUUGAAACAAGCUCCUAGAGCUUGGUUUAAUCGUCUACAUGCGGUUCUGCUGUCAGUUGGUUUUAAUGCUUCGAAAACAUUUGUGUCUUUGUUCUAUUAUUCCCAAGAUUAUGUUUUUGUGUAUGUUUUGGUCUAUGUUGAUGACAUACUUGUGAUGGGGAGUAGUAUGAAUCUAGUCAACGAGCUAUUGGCUAAACUCUCUACUGAAUUCAAGAUUAGGAAUCUUAGUGAACCUGAUUUCUUUCUUGGAAUUGAGACUGUUAAAUGUGAUAACGAAAUCUUGCUUUCCCAUCAACGAUACAUGACAGACAUUUUGAAUCGUGCUGGUAUGACAAAUUGUAAACAUUUAGCCACUCAUAUAUCUGUUUCGAAACCCACUUCUUUCGGUGCACUUUUAUAUGACAAUGCUACACAGUAUAGGAGUCUAGUUGGAACAUUGAAGUAUUUCACGAUUACUUGUCCAGAUCUGUCUUUUGCUGUCAACCAACUCUGUCAACAUAUGCAUGUUCCUACAGCCUCGCAUUGGGAACAAUUGAAGUGUGUGAUAAGGUAUGUUAAAGGCACUAUUACUUACAAUUUACGUGUACGAAAGUCAGAAUCAAGGGAGUUGCAUGCUUUUUAUGAUUCUGAUUAG